UUGUGUUUGUGAAAAUAUAAGUAAGUAAAUAAUGCCGCCGAAAACUAGUGGAAAGGCAGCCAAGAAGGCUGGCAAGGCUCAGAAGAAUAUCACCAAGACCGACAAGAAAAAGAAGCGCAAGAGGAAGGAGAGCUAUGCCAUCUACAUUUACAAGGUUCUCAAGCAGGUCCAUCCUGACACCGGCAUUUCAUCUAAGGCGAUGAGCAUCAUGAACAGCUUUGUAAAUGAUAUUUUCGAGCGCAUUGCUGCCGAGGCGUCUCGUCUGGCUCACUACAACAAGCGCUCGACCAUCACCAGUCGAGAAAUCCAAACGGCUGUUCGCCUGCUUCUGCCGGGAGAGUUGGCCAAGCAUGCUGUCAGUGAGGGAACCAAGGCUGUCACCAAGUACACCAGCUCCAAAUAAUUUGUUCCUACGAAUAAUCCAAAACGGCCCUUUUCAGGGCCACAAUGUGUUUCACCAAGGAAAUGUAUUUUUCAAUAUAUCGUCGAUUUCAACUUAUCCAUCCCCAAUAUGGGGUUAAAAUUGUUCAAAUUUGAUUAGAUAUAUACCAAAAAAUCGGAAAUGAAAACUCAAUACGCUCAAAAAGCAACGUAAUUCAAUAACCAGACACGACGCGAUGGUUGCCAAUAAAACUAAUGGAGAAUUUUAAUUUUCAAAUAGUAUUUAAA